ACUCAAAAUUACACAAACUUCCACCCCCAAUCCCACCCCGACGCCGAUCUCUUCCACGCCCGCGCACUUUCUCUCUCCUCUCCCAUCUCUCUAACAAGAUGGAACCCGGCGACGGAGAACAACAAGAGAAGCAUGACGACGAGCGAAGACACGAUGACGAGGAAGCCAUUGCCCGGCUUGAGGAAUUUAAGAAAUCCAUUGAAGCGAAAAUGGCGUUGCGUCAAAGUAAUUUGAAUCCCGAGAGGCCUGACACAGGCUUUCUCAGGACACUUGACUCUAGCAUCAAGCGCAAUACAGCAGUCAUUAAAAAAUUAAAGCAAAUCAAUGAGGAGCAGCGAGAAGGUCUAAUGGAUGAAUUGCGUGGUGUAAAUUUAAGCAAAUUUGUUAGUGAAGCCGUGGCUGCGAUUUGUGAUGCUAAGCUUAAAGCAGCUGAUAUACAAUCUGCUGUACAGAUUUGUUCUUUGCUCCAUCAGAGGUACAAAGAAUUUGCUCCUAGUCUUGUUCAAGGUCUCUUAAAAGUUUUUGUACUGGGAAAAUCCGUGGAGGAUCUCGACGCAGACAAAAAUUCAAGAGCCAUGAAGAAGCGGAGUACCUUGAAGCUUCUCUUGGAGCUUUACUUUGUUGGGGUUAUAGAAGAUACUGGUAUAUUUGUGAACAUCAUUAAGGAUCUUACUAGCCCAGAGCAUUUGAAGGAUCGUGAUGCAACACAGACAAAUUUGUCCCUUCUUGCUAGUUUUGCUCGUCAAGGAAGGUUUCUUCUUGGAUUUCCAUUAACAGAACAAGAUAUUCUUGAAGAGUUUCUUAAGAGACUUAAUAUUACGGCAGAUCAGAAAAAAAUCUUCCGGAAGGCUUUCCAGACUUACUAUGAUGCUGCUGUGGAACUUCUUCUAUCUGAGCAUGCUUCACUUCGCCAAAUGGAGCAUGAUAAUGCAAAGAUUUUGAAUGCCAAAGGUGAAUUGAGUGAGGAAAAUGCCACAUCAUAUGAAAAGCUGCGGAAAUCGUAUGACCUUCUAAGUCGUGGCGUCUCAUCUUUAGCAGAAGCACUUGAUAUGCAACCUCCUGUGAUGCCAGAGGAUAGUCAUACGACUAGAGUCACAUCAGGGGAGGAUGUUUCAUCUCCUGUUGCCAGCAAAGAUUCUCCCACUCUCGAAGCCCUGUGGGAUGAUGAUGAUACUAGAGCCUUCUACAAGUGCCUUCCAGAUCUUAGAGCAUUUGUUCCUGCGGUUUUGCUUGGAGAGGUUGAAUCGAAGCCGAAUGAACAAUCUUCAAAGACCCAGGAUCUGCCAGCUGAUACGACUCCCGAGUCAGAUAAAGGUCAAGUUGUUAUCCAAGAAAAUCCUGAGGUUUCUGCUGAUUCUACUAUUGUACAAGAGGAUAAAGAGGGCAAAGAUAAUGAUAAAGAAGAAAAGGACAAGGAGAAAGCCAAAGACUCUGACAAAGAUAAGGGUAAGGAGGAUGCUGGAAGAGGAGAAAUCGAAAAGGAUAAAACCAAAGGUCUUGAUGGAACUAAUCUUGAAGCUUUACUGCAUAGGCUUCCAAGCUGUGUUAGCCGUGAUCUGAUUGACCAGCUCACAGUUGAGUUUUGCUAUCUUAACUCAAAGUCCACUAGGAAAAAGCUUGUGAGGGUAUUGUUCAAUGUGCCAAGAACAUCUCUUGAGCUGUUGGCGUACUACUCACGGAUGGUUGCUACACUGUCUACGUGUAUGAGAGAUGUAGCAUCCAUGCUCUUACAGUUGUUGGAGGAAGAGUUCAAUACUUUAAUUAAUAAGAAGGAUCAAAUGAAUAUUGAAACAAAAAUCAGGAAUAUACGAUUUAUUGGAGAACUUUGCAAGUUUAAAAUUGCUCCUGCCAGCUUAGUUUUUACCUGUCUAAAGGCUUGUUUAGAUGAUUUCACACACCAUAAUAUAGAUGUCGCUUGCAAUCUACUUGAGACGUGUGGCCGCUUUCUCUACCGGUCCCCUGAGACCACUGUUCGCAUGUCAAACAUGCUAGAGAUACUGAUGCGCUUGAAAAAUGUUAAGAAUUUGGAUCCCCGUCAAAGCACAUUGGUGGAAAAUGCUUAUUACUUGUGUAAACCACCAGAAAGAUCUGCACGAGUCUCCAAAGUUCGUCCUCCUUUACAUCAGUAUAUUAGGAAACUACUUUUCUCAGAUCUUGAUAAGUCCUCCAUCGAGCAUGUUCUAAGACAAUUGCGCAAGCUACCUUGGAGUGAAUGUGAGGACUAUCUUUUGAAGUGUUUUCUGAAGGUUCACAAAGGGAAAUAUGGUCAGAUUCAUUUGAUUGCAUCACUUACUGCUGGUCUGAGUCGCUAUCAUGAUGACUUUGCAGUUGCUGUUGUUGAUGAGGUUUUGGAGGAAAUUAGAGUGGGUUUAGAGUUAAAUGAAUAUGGAAUGGAGCAACAACGGAUUGCAUACAUGCGUUUCUUGGGGGAACUGUAUAACUACGAACUUGUUGAUUCAUCUGUCAUUUUUGAUACGCUCUAUCUAAUUCUUUCUUUUGGACAUGGGACGACAGAGCAAGAUACAUUGGAUCCUCCAGAGGACUGUUUUCGUAUGAGAAUGGUCAUCAUACUUCUUGAGACAUGUGGGCAUUAUUUUGAUAGAGGUUCAUCAAAAAGGAAGCUUGAUCAGUUCUUGAUACACUUCCAGAGGUAUAUUCUGAGCAAAUGUGUCCUUCCCCUGGAUGUUGAAUUUGAUCUGCAGGAUUUAUUUGUUGACUUGAGGCCAAAGAUGAUCCGUUAUUCAUCAUUUGAGGAGGUUAAUGUUGCUCUAUCUGAUCUUGAAGAACUUGAACGUAGAGUUUCAGAGAAAGCUCAUAAUGAAAAGUACUCGGACUCGGAAAAAACUCCGCGGAGGACGAGUUCUGGCACUCUAUCUGUCAAUGGACAAAGUACUGGUAAUGGCACUGAGGAAAAUGGUGAAGUGCACGAAGAUGAUGCUGGGGAGACGGAUAGUGACUCUGGAAGUGGCACCACUGAGAACAUUGGUCGCGAUGAUGAAGAAACUGACCAAGAUGAGGUUGGUGAAAGUGAAGAUGAAUAUGAUGAUGGACGGGAUCCUGCUUCAGAUGAAGAUGAUAAGGUUCGUGUAAGGCAGAAGGUAGCCAAGGUAGACCCACAGGAGGUGGCUGAUUUUGACCGGGAACUGAGAGCUCUAAUGCAGGAAAGUUUGGAUUCAAGAAAGCUAGAGUUGCGCUCACGGCCAACAAUAAAUAUGAUGAUUCCCAUGAAUUUGUUCGAGGGCUCGGUCAAGGAACACCAUGGAAGAGGAACUGAAGGUGAAAGUGGUGAUGAGAUAACAUAUGAUGGGAUUGGUGGAAGCAAGGAAGUCCAGGUGAAGGUGCUUGUGAAGCGUGGUAACAAGCAACAGACAAAGCAGAUGUAUAUCCCCCGCGAUUGCUCUCUUGUGCAGAGCACAAAGCAAAAGGAAGCAGCCGAGCUAGAAGAGAAACAAGACAUAAAGCGUCUUGUCCUAGAAUACAACGAUAGAGAAGAGGAAGAACUGAACGGAGGUAUGCAGCCACUAAACUCAUCUCACAGUGGAGGUAGAGUGUCAAACAGGGGCCAUUCAUGGGAUGGACAGCAUAGGUCUGGAGGGCCACGCUAUCGGCAGCAUAUUUACCAUUCUGGUGCCGGCGUUUACUAUGGAAGGAGAAGAUAGUUUCUUUCACAAUCAUUGCAAAAGAGCACGAGUUGCCCGAGCAAUGGGAUGAAGCUGCACCAGCCAUAUUAAUCGGCCUUUACAAGUGAAAAGACUGAGAUCAUCCAAGUCAGCAUUCCAGGCCUUUAAUUGGCAGAGUUGAAAUGAUAUGUAGGCUCGUAUUGUUCAGAGGUUGAGAAAGGGUAGGUUUUGAAAGGUAAUAUAAGAUCAAUGGUGUUUGGCAGUUGCAUCGAGAUAUCUUUAACUGGGUUUGUUUUGAGAAACAUGUAGCUUGUAAAAAAAAAUUUAACCUAAAUUGCACUGUCGAAAUUGUUUGCGUGCAUAUAUGUAUAUGUGUCUCAGUCUGACAUUUAGAAAAUCAGUUCUCUUUGGGGUGUUUACUUUGUGUAUAUAUUUGAGUACAGUAUAUGAAAGAUAACGCUCAAAAUUGUUCGAA